AUGGAGGCUGGCAUGGAGUAUGUCGCAGGUAACCUCGGGAAAUUUAUUGCAAAAGGAAUUGACAAAUGUGUUGCGCAGGAUGAGGUGCAAGAAUCAAGGGCAUCUGAAAUUCUGAACAAAAACAAACAUAGUUUAGAAACCAGUAACUCUACCUCUGAAUCUGAUGACAUGGUGGGCAACAUGGCUUCUGGUGUCAUCCAAGGUUCAUUCGAUGCUGGAUAUCUUCUGAACGUUAAGAUACAUGUACAAAAGAAAAGAGAUCCUUUUCCCCUGCGAGGUCAUCUCCUUCCUGUGAGUCCUACAUCAGGGAAAACUGAGAAGCCAAUUGAGCAUAAGAAUGGCACACCUAAACUUCCGGAUCAAGGUAUAGAUAUAAGGCUUCAGUCUAGUGCCACGGCUGCUAAUGGAAGCCAAUCUUCUUCCAGUCUAAUUCCUCCAGCUAGUAACUCGCUGAUAAAUGACACCAGUCUUCCCCUAGGACAAGAACCUGCAAGACCUCAUCCGGAUUGCAGAAUGGUAAACCUGUUGGAUUUGAAGCCUUCAAACCGAUGA